UUCAUGGAAAACAGGAACAACGUGACAGAAUUUGUUCUACUGGGUCUCACAGAAAACCCAAAGAUGCAAAAAAUCAUAUUUGUUGUUUUCUUUUUUAUAUACUUCAUCACUUUGGUAGGUAAUUUGCUCAUUGUGGUCACCAUUAUUGCCAGUCCAUUAUUAGGGUCCCCCAUGUACUUUUUUCUGGUCUAUCUCUCUUUUAUUGAUGCCUGUUAUUCCUCUGUCAAUACUCCUAAACUGAUUGUAGAUUCACUCAAAGAAAAGAAGACCAUCUUAUUCAAUUGGUGUAUUAUCCAAGUGUUUGCAGAACAUUUCUUAGGAGGUGCUGAGGUCAUUCUUCUUACUGUGAUGGCCUAUGAUCGUUAUGUAGCCAUCUGUAAGCCUUUACACUAUACAACCAUCAUGAAUGGGCGAGUGUGUGGUCUGUUGAUGGUUGUGGUGUGGGUUGGAGGUUUUCUUCAUGGAUCCAUUCAAAUUCUCUUCAUCAUCCAAUUGCCCUUCUGUGGUCCUAAUGUCAUUGAUCACUUUAUGUGUGAUCUCAACCCGUUGCUCAGUCUUGCCUGCACCGAUACCCACACACUAGGGCUUUUUGUUGCUGCCAAUAGUGGAUUCAUUUGUGUCUUAAACUUCCUUCUCUUGAUGUUCUCCUACGUAGUCAUUCUGUCCUCCCUAAGGAACCACAGUUUGGAGGCAAGGCGCAAAGCUCUCUCCACCUGCAUCUCCCACAUCACAGUGGUUGUCUUAUUCUUUGUGCCUUGCAUAUUUGUGUAUAUGAGACCUGCAGUUACGUUUUGGAUUGAUAAGGCAGUUGCUGUGUUCUACACUAUGAUAACCCCGAUGUUGAAUCCUUUAAUCUAUACUUUGAGAAAUACCCAGAUGAAGAAUGCCAUUCGAAAAUUGUGUAGUAGGAAAACUAUUUCAGACCACCAAUAA